AUGUCCCGCCCCGAAGACAUCCUCCCGCCCGAUCUUUUCUACAAUGACGUCGAAUCUCGAAAAUACACAACCUCUUCCCGCAUCCGCAACAUUCAAGCCUCCAUGACCACUCGCGCCCUCGAACUGCUCGAUCUCCAAGAACCCUCCAUGAUCCUCGAUCUCGGCUGCGGAUCCGGUCUCUCGGGCGAAAUCCUCACUCAAACCCCGCCCGAAGAAGGUGGACCGCAUACAUGGGUGGGCAUGGACGUCUCAUCGAGCAUGCUCGCUCAAGCGCUAGAUCGGGAUGUCGAUGGGGAUAUGUUGCUGGCGGAUAUCGGACAGGGAGUGCCUUUUCGCGCGGGUACAUUCGAUGCGGCGAUUAGCAUCUCUGCCAUUCAAUGGUUGUGUAAUGCCGAGACUUCGGAUGUGAGUCCCGAAGGACGAUUGAAAAGAUUUUUCGAUGGCUUGUAUGCCAGUUUGAGGCGAGGAGGCAAGGCCGUGUGUCAAUUCUACCCCAAAAAUGCCCUGCAACGGACCAUGAUUUCUUCCGCGGCCAUUAAAGCGGGUUUCGGGGCGGGAAUUCUGGAAGAUGACCCGGAGACGAAGAAUGUCAAGUUGUACCUCGUCUUGACGGUUGGCGGAGGGGAUGUCACGGGGACGGUACAGGGGAUGGAGGGCGUGGAUGUCAUGGAUGCGAGGCGCAAGGAGCGGAAGAGAGGCGUCGAGGUGGGGAGGAAGGGGGGCAAGGCGUGGAUCAUGAAGAAAAAGGCGCAGAUGGAGGGCAAGGGGAAGGUGGUUAAGAGUUCGAGCAAGUAUACCGGACGCACUCGGAAGAUUGCGUGGUAA